UUUUUGAACAUGGCUGUGAAGAUAACAGGCAUCACUGCGCGUGACAUACGCUUUCCAACGUCCCUCGAGGGAGAUGGUUCUGAUGCUAUCCAUACUGAUCCUGAUUAUUCCUGUGCCUAUAUCACCCUCACCACAAGUACAGAGGCCAAAGGCUUUGGUCACACCUUCACCAUUGGAAGGGGAACAGAAAUUGUCUGUGAAGCUGCUCUUGCUCUUGGUGAAUUUGUGGUAGGCAAGCACCUGCAGGAGAUCACUGCAGACUUUGCUGGGUUCUGGAGAGCCCUGGCCAAUGACUCACAGCUAAGAUGGCUGGGACCAGAGAAAGGUGUGGUUCAUCUUGCAACAUGUGCCAUUGUCAAUGCUGUGUGGGAUCUGUGGGCUAAGGUAGAAAGAAAGCCCUUAUGGAAGUUAUUAGCAGACAUGACACCUGAAGAAUUAGUUUCAGUGAUAGAUUUUCGAUACAUAUCAGAUUUGCUGACCCGAGAGGAAGCCCUUGAGAUAUUGAAGAAAGGCCAAGAUGGCAAAAAAGAAAGAGAAGCAGAGCUGAUAUCUAAGGGAUACCCUGCUUACAUCACCUCUGCUGGAUGGUCUGGUUAUGAUGAACAAAAAACUAGACAGAAAUGCAAAGAGGCCCUUGCAAAAGGAUUUGUCAGAUUCAAGGCCAAAGUUGGCACUGGAAUUGAGGCUGACAGAAGGAGAUUGGCUGUGAUGAGAGAAGAAAUAGGAUAUGACAAGUUACUUAUGACAGAUGCCAACCAGCGUUGGGAUGUCUCUGAGGCUAUUGAUUGGAUGAAGCAACUCACAGAAUUCAAGCCUUUGUGGAUAGAAGAGCCCACCAGUCCUGAUGAUGUUCUGGGACAUGCUACCAUUGCCAAGGCUUUGAAGCCGUACAACAUAGCCGUGGCCACAGGGGAGCACUGCCAGAACCGUGUUGUGUUCAAACAGUUGUUCCAGGCAGACUCCAUUGCCUACUGCCAGAUAGAUGGCUGUAGACUGGGGGGUGUCAAUGAAGUCCUCGCUGUGUUACUUAUGGCAGCAAAAUUAAAUGUCCCUGUUUGUCCUCAUGCUGGAGGGGUUGGUCUCUGUCAAGUGAAUCAGCAUUUCUCAUACUUUGACUACAUCUGUGUUUCAAGGACUUUAGAAAACAGAUUUCUAGAAUAUGCAGAGCAUCUUCAUGAGAAUUACAAGUUCCCAAUUGAAGUGAAGGGAGGCCACUAUGUUUUGCCACAGAUUCCAGGAUUUCAGACAGAGAUGAGAGAGGCGUCCCUAGAUACCCAUGAGUAUCCUACAGGUCCUGUGUGGCAGAAACUGUUUGCUGAGGGCACAUUUAAGCCACCAAAGAAACACUAA